GAACUUGUAUCUGCCGCUACCGAGUACUGUCACGACCUACCAAGACCCUUGCACUGUGGUUUAUUGGUCUUGGUAGACGGCAAAAGUGAAGUCUUUUUGUACUCAAUCGCGCCUUCGACCUUCUUCAGUGAAUCCCACCUUCCACAAGUGCCUUUUCCCCUCCAGACCGGCAGUCACUCUUGCAACUCACUCCCUCCAUCCUCUGAGAUCAAAUCCGACUCUCGUCUGGCUGUUGAUUGCAUGGCCAUGGAUUCUUGAUCGAUACAGAUCCGCCUAUUUGGCCCUGGUGUUUUCUGCACCUCAUUCGACAGAAAAGCAUCUCAAAGACCACACUUCUUCCUGAGCAUUCUUCACUUGACUCCAUCCACUCGCAUCCUGCAAGCCACCACCAUGCAGACCGUACAAGAGGACACUGAACUCACCGAGCAACCCCCUCCGAACCGCAGUCUGCAACCCCAAACACAGCCACAAGCAGACUACAAUCCCUGCUCCAAUGCCAAAAUAGCCUCGCCCUUCUACCUUUACAACCACGACUCACCACGACCUUCCUUUGACGUUAAGAAUUCAGACUCUGCAACCACCACGAUCAAAGAUCUCGAAGCUGGGCCCCCAAACCUAACUCCAACAAUCACGGAGGAGAAGCGAGAUGCUCAGGCCAAAAACAAGGGGAUCUUCAGGUUUUGGAGCAACAAGCAAUCAUGCAUGACAAAACCUCAACGUCGAGGAUGUGGCUGGCUCUCCCGUCUACCUCCCAAGCAGCGCCUGCUGGUCAAGAUCUUGAUUGCUCUGACUAUCAUUGGUGCUGCUGUAGGCAUCGCUGUUGGUAUCAGUAUUCGUGUCAAUGGCCGAGUCUACAAGAGCAAUAAUUCGAGUGUCCAGAUUGGCAAUUGAGGUCCAAGGUGGCCCAACACUUGCAGAAACUAUUGGUGCAAGAAGCACCGCUCUCGAUGAGAGAACUGUAGUUCACCGCAUCAAACAGCACCAGCUGCCAGCAUGGGGUGUAGGACACAGUCUGUGUUUGGGAGCACAAAAGGCUGUUAUGAAUCGAAUGAUUGAAUUGUCGGCAUGUUUGCAGAGCCAAUCUUUAUCUCUUCAGAACGACGUCUCAUAAGUACUCAGUACUCGGCUUGAGGUGAUGGGCGGUGCAACUAAUACUGUAGAAGUGUAGAUAGAUACUUUUUACAAUGUCGAUGGUCGAUGCGCCAGGCGCUAACAGAUAAGAUAAGAUCUUUCC